CUUUUCAUUCAUAUUUUAAAUCUCAAACACCCCACCAUCUUCGUCACUCUAUCUUCUUCAUCAUUCAAGCACCCUCUUUCUUUCUCACCGAGACAAUGCCCGGAAUUCCACCCAAAUGGCUGGUUUUCUUACUUUCAAGCUAUCUUGUUCUCACCAACCUGGUCAUCUGUUCAGCAAAGGAGACUACUUACAUUGUCCAAAUGGAUAAAUCCAAAAUGCCAAAGGCAUUUUCUGGCCAUCUUGAAUGGUACUCCUCCAUGGUAAAAUCAGUGGUAACUAGAGCAGAAAAAGAAGUGGAAGAUGACCGAGAAAGGGUCAUCUAUAGUUACCAGAAUGCUUUCCAUGGUGUGGCUGCUUUGCUUAGCGAGGAAGAAGCUCGAAGACUAGAGAGAAGGCACGGCGUAAUGGCCAUAUUUCCCGAGACUAUAUACCAGUUACACACCACGAGGAGUCCCAUGUUCCUUGGGCUAGAGCCAGAACACAGCACAAGCAUCUGGAGUGAUAAGCUAGCCCAUCACGAUGUCGUCGUCGGUGUGCUUGACACUGGUAUAUGGCCAGAGAGCCAAAGUUUCAACGAUACCGGCAUGACCCCAGUCCCAGCUCACUGGAAGGGAACCUGUGAGACGGGCCGAGGAUUCACUAAAAGCCACUGUAGUAGAAAGAUUGUGGGUGCUCGAAUGUUCUACCGGGGAUACGAAACAGCUAUGGGCAAAAUUAACGAGCAAGAAGAGUAUAAAUCGCCGCGGGAUCAAGACGGGCAUGGCACUCACACUGCAGCAACAGUUGCAGGCUCUCCAGUUGCCGGAGCAAAUCUUUUGGGCUAUGCUUAUGGGACAGCCCGCGGGAUGGCCCCAGGUGCAAGAGUUGCAGCCUAUAAAGUUUGCUGGGUAGGUGGGUGUUUCAGCUCGGACAUUCUGUCAGCAGUUGAUCAAGCGGUUGCUGAUGGCGUCAAUGUCCUGUCUAUAUCUUUAGGCGGUGCCGUAGCAUCUUACUAUCGCGACAGCCUGUCGAUAGCGGCUUUUGGUGCAAUGGAGAUGGGAGUUUUCAUCUCUUGUUCGGCUGGGAAUGCGGGUCCUGACCCUAGUAGCCUUGCCAAUGUGUCACCAUGGAUAACCACAGUUGGUGCUAGCACAAUGGAUAGAGAAUUUCCUUCUUCUGUUAAGCUCGGGACUGGCAUAAGGAUAACUGGAGUUUCACUCUACAAAGGCAGAAGGAAACUUUCGGAAGGAAAGCAGUACCCACUAGUUUAUAUGGGAAGUAAUUCCAGCGGCAGCCUUGAUCCAAGCUCCUUGUGUUUAGAUGGAACACUGGAUCCACAUAUUGUGAGUGGAAAAAUUGUGAUAUGUGACCGAGGCAUUAGUCCGAGAGUCCAGAAGGGGCAGGUGGUGAAAGAUGCAGGUGGAGUAGGCAUGAUAUUGGCGAACACUGCCGCCAAUGGAGAGGAGCUAGUUGCAGACUGCCACCUCCUUCCGGCAGUCGCAGUUGGAGAAAAAGCAGGUAAAGUAAUCAAGCAUUACACGCUAACAAGUCGCAAGGCAACUGCAAGCCUAACAUUCCAGGGGACUAGGUUGGGCAUAAGGCCAUCUCCAGUGGUGGCAGCAUUUUCAUCUAGAGGACCUAACUUCCUCUCGUUGGAGGUUCUCAAGCCGGAUGUGGUAGCACCAGGAGUGAACAUUCUUGCCGCUUGGCCAGGUCUCCUAGGACCAUCAAGUUUGCCAACCGAUCACCGAAGAGUGAAGUUCAACAUACUGUCUGGAACAUCCAUGUCGUGUCCACAUGUGAGUGGGGUUGCUGCAUUGCUGAAGGCCAGACACCCGGACUGGAGCCCAGCAGCAAUAAAAUCUGCCUUGAUGACCUCGGCUUAUGUCCACGAUAACACCAAUAACCCGCUGUCAGAUGCCGCAAAUGGUGCACCUUCCAACCCAUAUGUCCACGGUGCAGGGCAUAUCCAACCAUUGAAAGCUCUCGACCCUGGUCUAAUUUAUGAUAUUGGUCCACAAGAUUACUUUGAAUUCUUAUGUACCCAAGAUCUAACUCCAAGCCAGCUGGAAGUUUUUGCUAAGUUCUCCAACAGGUCUUGCCGACACACUCUUGCCAAUCCAGGAGACUUGAACUACCCAGCUCUCUCUGCCCUGUUCCCCGAAAGCACCAACGUCCCAGCUGUGACCCUUCACAGAACUGUCACGAAUGUUGGGCCUCCUGCUUCGAACUACCAUGUUAAUGUUUCCCCAUUCAGAGGUGUUCUCGUGAAGGUUGAACCAGCAGUGCUGAAUUUUACCAGUAAGCACCAGAAACUUUCUUACAAGGUCACAUUCACAACAAGAUCCCGGCAGAUGGAACCUGAGUUUGGAUAUUUGAUUUGGAAAGAUGGGUUGCAUAGGGUAAGAAGCCCAGUUGUGAUCACAUGGCUGUCACCAAUCUAAUUUAUUUGGAAGAUUUUCAGCAUCAAUCUGGGUGGUGCUACAAUAACGAAACAUCCCAUUGAAGUCAACACUAGUGAAUUUUAUUCCAUGGAGUGCCUGCAUCCUCCCAUUUUAAGGAAAAAGUAGAUUACAUAUUAACUUCUUUGCAUUUUCUGUUGAAUUCAGCCCUUCGAAGUUGCUAAAACACAUUUAUCACACUCCUAGCAACAACUGCAACCUCAAUGUCAGAAUCUGAUUCAUCAUCAAUUUGUAUAUCAAUUACCACUUAAACAAUAAGGUUAAU